AGCACCUUAUCGGAUGCUUAGGUAAAAGCAAAGAAAAGCCAAAACACCCUACAGUACGAAGUUACAAACACGGGAGAACAAGAACAGUCAAAAGUAAAGUAAGGCUCCCGGACAUAACUAGAUCUAGACGAAGCUCUGCAAGAGAUCCGGGUCAUCACUUAGUGAUCAAGUUAGGGUGUGCUGGUACUGAAGAUGGAGUUGGAUAGAAUUAGCAGUUUACCAAAUGAGGUUACAGAGAAGAUUUUGUCACGUUUGCCGCUUAAGGAGGCAGUAAGGACAAGUAUUUUAUCCACAAAGUGGAGGUACAAAUCAGAAAUCCUUCAAGAUCUAGUGUUUGAUGACCGGUGUGUCUCGACUCAAAGUCAUCCAACCUGCAGCUUUGUGAAUAUUGUUGAUCAUGUACUCUUACUUCACACGGGCCCCAUACGCAAGUUCAAGCUUUCUCGCAGAGAUGAGCUAGCCACUAGAGACAUGGACAGAUGGAUAUUGCAUCUAUCGAGAAACCCUGUCAUCAAAGAGAUGAUACUUGAGAUUUGGAAAGGGAAUCCCUACAGCGUUCCAUCAUGUUUGUUUUCUUGUCAAGAUAUCAUUUACUUAGAGUUAUACAGGUGUUUGCUAAACCAUCCGCGGUCCACAUUCAAAGGCUUCAGGAGUUUGAAGACCCUUGAUUUGGAGAAUGUUACUAUUAUCCAAGAUGUGUUUGAGAACUUGAUUGAUUGCAGUCCUCUGCUUGAGAUAUUGUACUUGCGAAAUUGUGAUGGUUUCACCAAUCUCAAGAUUGAUGCACCGAAGCUCUGGUUUAUUUACAUUAAAGGGGUUUUUGAAGAUGUCAACCUUGCGAAGACCUCAAAUCUUGCUCAAGUUUCAAUUCAGUUGAAUGUCAAGGUCGACCAAAGACGGGGUCCUGGUAGUUCUGGCAAUUUUCUCAAGUUUUUUUAUCACCAGACUCAUAUUCAAAGGCUCACUAUAAACAGGAACUUUUUAAAGUAUUUGUUUAUCGGUGCAUUGCCAGAAAAACUUCCCAAACCAUGUCAGUAUAUGAAUUUUCUUUCUGUCAACAUAAGCUUUGAUGAUUCGGAUGAAAUUUCAACUGUACUAUGCCUUCUGAGUAGCUCCCCUGCUCUACGAGAACUAGAAAUUUUGGUGGACCCUGAAAAGGGUCAUGCUGCUAUGGGAGAAGUGAAAUCUUGUUUAUAUGACAACUACGAUUGCACAUACACUCAAUUGCGGCUUGUGAAAAUAACCAAGAUCUCCUGUGUAAAAGCUCAACUAGAUUUCAUCAAAUUUCUGCUUCUAAGUUCACCUGUGCUUGAGAAAAUGACUGUUCAACCUGCUUCUGUAGAUGGUUUUUCAAAGCUAUUAAAAGAUUUACUUCUGUUGAAGCGCGAUUCAAAGCGUGCAGAGAUAAUGGUAUUGGACCCAUAAUUCAUCAAUGAGAGUUGCAGCAGGAGCCGCAGAUGCAGAACAAUGAACUUGUGUAGCCAAGUCCUGGUCGAACUCGGUUUGGGCCUAAAACCGAGCAGGCUCGACCCUAGUGUGUGUGCCACGUUAAUAUCGCUCCUUGCUUGGUAAAUUCAUGGCCAAGACCAAUAAUAUAGCUUAGUGGGGUGAGAGGAAUUUUCGACCAGUUAAAAGGAGGCAAGAUACAGUUUUGGGGGUGCAGUUGCGAUCAAAUCGAUUGGAAAUCUCCAGCUUAAUUCAGAGAUGGAUACAAGAAAGGAAAGACAAUCAUUAGGUGAAAGCCAAAUUGAAUUACAAUUAAACAUGGAGAUUUAGUACUCGGAUUCGAAGCAAUAGAUUAUGAAGGGCCAGCAGUAUUAAAGGCUUGCAUGGUAGCACCUGUCGAUCUUCAUCUUCUGAACUCCUGUAACUGUUCUGGUUUGAGUUAGUGAGUUAGGGUGCAAAAGCUGAAGAUGUUGGAAUUAGCAAUUUGCCAGAUGAUGUCACGGAAAAGAUUGUAUCACAUUUGCCACUUAGGGAGGCAACAAGAACAAGUGUCUUGUCCGGCUUCAAGAUCUAGUGUU